GGCGGCAUUGCCUUGCCAGUUGCUUCGUUACUUGUGCAUCACUCUGAAAUUUCAAUGUUUGAACUUUCAAUUGAUUGUUUUGUUUAUUGAACAAAGAAUAUAUCUAUAUUUACAACUUUUAUACAUGAAAUUCAAAGAAAAUAUACCAGAAGAUACGAAGAAUAGUAUUAAUUUAAAUUACUAUCCCCUCUUAGUCCAUGAUGAUUAAGUUGGUAGAUCAAGUUAUCCGUAGUUUUAAGGUAGCAAAAGUUUUUCGAGAAAAUACUGACAAGAUUAAUAGUAUAGACUUCUCCCCAAGUGGUGAAACUCUUAUAUCAUGUAGCGAGGAUGACCAAAUUGUAAUUUAUGACUGUGAAAAGGGGACGCAAAUGAUAACAGUAAACAGUAAAAAAUAUGGUGUUGACUUAAUUCACUUUACACAUGCUAAGAAUACGGCUAUUCAUAGUUCCACAAAAGUUGAUGAUACUAUUAGGUAUUUGUCACUGCAUGAUAAUAAAUAUAUACGCUAUUUUCCGGGUCAUACCAAAAAAGUUGUAACUCUGUGUUUGUCUCCAGUUGAAGACACCUUUUUAUCAGGAUCGUUGGAUAAAACACUUCGUUUAUGGGAUUUACGCUCUCCAAAUUGCCAAGGUUUGAUGCAUUUAUCAGGGAGACCUGUUGCUGCUUAUGACCCUGAAGGCUUAAUUUUUGCAGCAGGGGUAAAUUCUGAAAGCAUAAAACUAUAUGAUUUAAGAUCAUUUGACAAGGGACCGUUUGUUACAUUUAAACUGAAUCAAGAAAAGGAAUGUGAUUGGACUGGUCUUAAAUUUUCCAGGGAUGGAAAAACUAUGCUUAUUAGUACAAAUGGAUCAAUAAUAAGAUUAGUAGAUGCAUAUCAUGGCACUCCAUUGCAAACUUUCACUGGACAUCUCAAUAACAAAGGCAUUCCUAUCGAAGCAUCUUUUAGUCCAGAUUCACAGUACAUAUUCAGUGGCUCGACAGAUGGAAGAGUUCAUGUGUGGAAUGCUGAUACAGGAUACAAAGUUUGUGUUUUGAAUGGUGACCAUCCAGCACCCAUACAAUGUGUUCAAUUCAAUCCAAAAUACAUGUUACUUGCAUCAGCUUGUACCAAUAUGGCUUUUUGGCUGCCAACAAUUGAUGAUGUUUGAAAUUAAAAUAGUGUAUGUA